UUCUGUUUCAGCUGUACUGUUUUUCGUAACUAAUUGCCGACCCGGUUCUUUUGUCUGAUUACAGCACCAGCUGCACCGCGAUGGAGCCAGCCCGGCCGCCAGAGCAGCCAAAGAGCCGGCUGCGCCGCCGCUCCUCGAUUCUGAAGGCUCCUGCGUCACCUGAAGAGAUGACGGAAGACCUCACCUCGCGUCGCUCGUCAAGACGGGUCAGCUUCGCCGACCGGUUUCGCGUUCAGGAGUUCUUCUGUGACGAGGUGACCAUGGGAGGCUGGGCCGAGGCGUACGACAAGGAGGCACAGAUCACGGACAGCUCCGGCGACGCCACGGCGGCCGCCAGGGGCGCCCCGCUGCUGGGCGUGCUGCAAAACUCCAACGCCAGCGCCAGUAUGGAGCUCACAGGAUUGGAGAGCUCGUUUGGCGCGGCUCCAGCCGGUGCCUUCCCAGCCCAUGGAGGUCACGCCAACGCCUUCGAGGCGUCAGUUGGCCCGGUACCGAUGUUCCUGAGAGAGAACAGCGAUCCCGACAAGGAGAACAUGGCCCCGCGUCCACCCGCUGCUCCUGGUGUCGGCGUCAAGAAGUCGAUGGGCGCCGUCGCAGAUCCCGAGUGGCUGGCUCCCGGACCGCGCUCACCGGGGCCGUCUGCCGGCAGUGGUCUGCUCCAGCUUCUGGGCGACAGUGACGCGCCCACUCCGCCGUUCCUGCGUAACCCGGCGCCGGGCGGAGUGCUGGACAUGCUGCGCCGCGCCGGCGUUGUCUCGGCUCCGCCUCCGUCGCCGCCUUCGUCGCUCCCGCUGCCGAUAACACCGAUGGUGGGUCGCUCUGCGCUCGAGCUUCUCGGGGGUGACAGUGAGGCGGAAACGCCAGAGUUUCUGAGGUAUCUCGAUGCUUUGGAUGACGACUUUGCUCGAGAACAGCGCCAUGCUCAGAGUAAUGUCGCGAUCCAGGAGUCCUACAUUGGGAUCACGUCGUCUACUGUUUCCCACGCACCGGGUUCCGCGAUGGCUGCUGGGACAUCGCAGUUUCAGAGGUCGAGAGUGCAUAUGCAGACUGUUAGUAGCUCUCGUCACAUGAGGCAAAGUGAAGAGGUUUUGGGAGGCUCGGGCAAGCCGGAUGCGGGACAGCACUGGGUGGUGGAGACUGUCGCUGCGUGUAACAGGACAGUCGUGGACAGUGCUGACAUGGAGCUUACGAGCGCGUUCCCGCCCAUUCUCCCCGUGAGACCAGUAGGCAGCCCGGACAAAAGUAUCACAGAUGAGGCUGCAGCAGUCCAUAGUCGUGGGGCUACAAGACGGACGUCGAAUCGACUGGACAAGACUCUACUAGUUUCCGAUGACAUGGAACUGACUGUCAAUGUCCCAGCUGCUCAAACGCUAAAUGCAUCGACCAGUUAUGCUGUCCCGGACGUCUCGUGCGCAGCUGACAUGGAACUAACCGCGGCAGUUCCUCGUUUACAGACGAAGCUCUCUGGUCAGCUGAACAAGAGCGUCGUUGAUGAGGACGACAUGGCAUUGACCGCAGCAGUUGCUCGAGUGCAGACGAAGCCUUCUGGUCAGCUGAACAAGAGCGUCGUUGAUGCGGAUGACAUGGAACUGACUGCAGCAGUUCCCCGGGUACUGACGAAAUCCUCUGGUCAGCUGAACAAGAGCGUCGUUGAUGGGGACGACAUGGAAUUAACCGCAGCAGUUCCUCGAGUGCAGAGCAAGAGCAUCGUUGGUAUGGAUGACAUGGAACUGACCGCAGCAGUUCCUCGGGUGCUGACGAAAUCCUCUGGUCAGCUGAACAAGAGCGUCGUUGAUAUGGAUGACAUGGAACUGACCGCAGCAGUUCCUCGUUUACAGACGAAGCCCUCUGGUCAGCUGAACAAGAGCGUCAUUGGUGUGGAUGACAUGGAACUAACCGCAGCAGUUCCUCGAGUGCCGACGAAGCCCUCUGGUCAGCUGAACAAGAGCGUCGUUGAUGGGGACGACAUGGAAUUAACCGCAGCAGUUGCACCGAAGCCCUCUGGUCAGCUGAACAAGAGCGUCGUUGAUGGGGACGACAUGGAAUUAACCGCAGCAGUUCCUCGGGCGCUGGCGAAAUCCUCUGGUCAGCUGAACAAGAGCGUCGUUGAUGGGGACGACAUGGAAUUAACCGCAGCAGUUCCUCGGGUGCUGACGAAAUCCUCUGGUCAGCUGAACAAGAGCGUCGUUGAUAUGGAUGACAUGGAACUGACCGCAGCAGUUCCUAGAGUACAGGCACAGCCCUCUGGUCAGCUGAACAAGAGCAUCGCUGAUAUGGAUGACAUGGAACUGACCGCAGCAGUUCCUCGGGCACUGACUAAGCCCUCUGGUCAGCUGAAUAAAAGCAUCGUUGAUGGGAACGACAUGGAACUAACCGCAGCAGUUCCUCGAGUGCAGACGAAGCCCUCUGGUCAGCUGAACAAGAGCAUCGUUGAUAUGGAUGACAUGGAGCUGACCGCAGCAGUUCCUCGGGCACUGACUAAGCCCUCUGGUCAGCCGAACAAGAGCGUCGUUGGUAUGGAUGACAUGGAACUAACCGCAGCAGUUCCUCGAGUACAGACAGAGCCCUCUGCUCAGCUGAACAAGAGCAUCGCUGAUAUGGAUGACAUGGAACUGACCGGAGCAGUUCCUCGAGUACAGGCACAGCCCUCGGGUCAGCUGAACAAGAGCGUCGUUGAUAUGGAUGACAUGGAACUAACCGCAGCAGUUCCUAGAGUACAGGCACAGCCCUCUGGUCAGCUGAACAAGAGCAUCGUUGAUAUGGAUGACAUGGAACUGACCGCAGCAGUUCCUCGGGUGCUGACGAAAUCCUCUGGUCAGCUGAACAAGAGCGUCGUUGAUAUGGGUGAUAUGGAACUGACCGCAGCAGUUCCUCAAGUGAUUGAAAACCCAUCGAGACGAAGCUUACCUGUUGAAGCUGAGAAACAGUUAGCUCCUGCAGUUACUCAAGAGCAGACGAAGCCAGCUGGUGAGCUGAAUAAGAGCAUGGUUGAUGAAGCCGACAUGGAGCUGACCGCUGCUGUUUCUCAAGUAAAGGCGCAAGUUUCAGCUCAGAUGAACAAGAGUGUCUGUGACGGAGAUGGCAUGGAAUCAAGCGCGGCAAGUCGUCAAGUAACUGAGAAACCAUCAACCAAGAACGAUGAUGAUGAAGCUGAGAUGGAGCUAACUGCAGCAGUUCCUCAACUUCAAGAACAGAUCGAGUCGUCAGGGCAGGUGAGCAAGAGCAUCCACGACGGAGCCGGAGGGGACAUGGAUUUGACCUCUGCAGUGUCCCAAAUAACUGAAAAGUCAUCAAACAAGAACGUGCUUGAAGCCGACAUCGAGAUGACCGCUGCUGUUCCUCAAGUAACUGAGAAGCCAUCAUCCAAGAGCAUCGGGAUAGAAGCUGACAUGGAAUUGACAGCGACUGUUCCUCAAAAGAUUGAAAAGCCAUCAAGCAGGAACACGCUUGAUAGAGCUGACAUGGAUCUGCCCGCUGCAGCUCUUGCAGCAGAUACGAAGUCAUCAAGUGCCCUGAACAAGAGCAUCGUUGAUGGAGCUGAUAUGGAGCUGACUGCUGCGGUUCCCCAAACAAUGGCAAGACGAUCUGUAAAUGCAAACAAGAGCAUCUGUGGAGGUAACGACAUGGGAUUGACCACGGCAGCUCCUCAAGUGACUGAGAAGCCAUCGAGCAAGAGCUUGUCUGAUGAAGCCAAGACUGCGACAAUCCCACAAGUACAGGCGAAGUUGUCAGGUCCGCUUAACAAGACCGUCCUCGACGGAGGGGACAUGGAAUUAACCACUGCAGUUUCCCAAGUACCGGAACAGGCAGCAGGCAAGAGCAUGCUUGGAGCUGACAUGGAGUCGACCGCUGUUUCUGAAAUGAAGCUGAAGUCAUCAAGUCACCUGAACAAGAGUAUCGUUGAUGGAGCUGAUAUGGAGUUGACUUCUGCAGUCCCCCAAGCAACUGCGAAGCAAUUAAGCAGGAGCGUGCUUGGUGGAGCUGACAUGGAGCUGACCGCUGCUGUUCCUGAAACAAAGAUGAAGCCAUCAAGUCACCUGAGCAAGAGCAUCGUUGGUGGGAAUGACAUGGAUUUGACCGCGGCAGUUUCUCGAGUAUCUAAGACACCAUCAACCAAGAGCAUCGUGUCCGAGACUGAGAUGGAAUUCACUGCUGUAGUUCCACAAGUGACCAAGAAGUCAUCAAGCAGAAGCAUGCUUGAUGUGACUGACAUAGCAAUGAAAGCUGGUGAGCCUCAAGGACGGGCGAAGUCAUCUGGUCAGUUGAACAAGAGCAUUGCUGAUGGGGCAGACAUGGAACUAACCGCAGCAGUGCCUGGAGCAAUGGUGAAGUUAUCAAGUGAGAGCAUGGUGGAUGGAGCGGACAUGGAGCUACCUCCAGCUUAUCCUCAAGUAACGGAGAAGUCAUCAAACAAGUACACUGUUGAAGGAGCUGACUUGGAGUUGAGUGCAGCUCAGGAGCCUGGAACGGCUGCUUGCAUCCAAAUAUCUGGGGUGAUGACGAUGAGUGUGGAGGAUUGGGCUGCCCAGCAAACUAGUGACCAGCUGCUACCCAGCAAACUCGAUGAGAUUGAAGAAGACACAGGGGGCGUGCAGCCGAGUGGAUCUGCCUCGCAACGGAUAAUGAAGUCGCCACGUGAUGAAGUCAUCGUGAGUGAAGCCGAGGUGAAUGCUGCGGCGGCUGGUCCAAAGCAAGUUGUUGCAAAGCCAUCAGGCAUGGUGAAAAGUUACGUAUUGGAAGCAGAAGAUACUGAAGCUUCAGCUACUGUUGAAAACAAGUCUGAAAUUUCAGGUGGAUGUGUCUCAGAUCCAUCAAGCCAGGUUAACGAACCUUGUGUGGCUGAGGACCGCGAAGUUGUCACUUCAGAGAUCGAUGCUUCUUCACAUGAAAACAAAAGUGCUUAUGCAUUCGGUGCUGAGUCGGGCUCUCCUGAUAUUCCCAACGCCUCUUUGAAGGCUGGCACCAUCGCCCAGGCUGAGGGAGAACCAGAUAAUACUACCGGCGCGGCCUCCUCAAAAAGGUCUUCCAAUGGAGUGAUUAUAGAUGGCGGGGAAACUAACCAGCUGGACGUGGCAUCUGACGUGCAGGACUCAGUCAGUCUGAGAUACGCUGAGCCAGCACAGGCCAACUUGUGCCAGGAUGUGCGCCCCACUUUCACUCCGCACACAGUCUCCUCACCUGACCCGUCCAAGUCAUCUGGUGAUGAAGACGCCACUGAGACCCGCACUCUCACGCGCGGUAGAAGCUUAUCUCAGUCCUUAUCGUGUGACAUCAGCAGCCUUGCUGGAGUAGCUGGCGAAGUAGUGGAUCCAGCACCGAAGGAACUUGGCAGGACAUCCACUUGUCGUCGUCCAGCCGUUGACUCGCCCUGUCGACCGUCGUCCAAACGCGGUCGGCUGUUCGAGUGUACCACGACUCCCAGUCCGCCGAAGCGACCCCUCGAAGGAUCGGAUGACUCGCCUCGGUCGCCGAAAAGCCCGCGGUUGGAAAUGACUGAUGGUCUGGAGAAGAACGAAGCCCAUCCGGUAGACAGCUCACGGGACAUAGCGUCCGAUCAGAAGGUGUUUGAGGAACGAGAAGAAUGUGGCAGCACUGAUACGAGGCUGCCUUUAGCUGCUCUGAAACCAGUCUCGUCUCCCACUUCUCGACCAAGGGAGAGCAUUGACAACGUACCAGGUGAUGUGUCAACCUGUCGAUCCACCAGUGACCUUCGCUCAUUGGGUGAACACGCAGAGGUGCAGCCGGCAACAGCUACACUCGAACGGGAUGCCGAGUCGAAGGCACCCUCAGAUGCUUCCACUAUUCUGCAAAGAUCCGUGCCUGUGGCAAGCGACGUUUGUGAGGUAAAACCGGCCAGCUCUGCUAGCGAGCAAACUCUAGAUGAGCUCCAAUAUCGAAUCCAAUCGAGUUUUUCUCUCGAGAACCAUCAAGACGUUCUUCCUGCAAGACCAACUCCGGUUGAGGAGAGUAAAGUCUUCCAUCAGGGAUCUCUCAUUCCUGAUCAUCGUGACGAGCGCCGCUCGCCGAGUCGCGUUCGAGCUAACCCCGGGUCGUUGUUGGCCGAAAGCAGCGUCAGUGACAUGUUCUUGGGAACGCCGCCGCGAGCUGACGACACCCUUCUUGAGCCUGACCUCAACGACGAGAAGUUCCCAGACAUCAGUGUCAUCAAUGACUCGCCAUGCGCUGGCAGCCACAAGCCACCGACAAGCCCUGCAGCACACGCCAUCAGCCGUCGGUUAGACGAUCGUGACUCGAGUGGUCCACCAGACCGUCGAUCCGGCCGACCACCGGUCGAGAAGACACCGAAGGCGCCUCAAGAGCCGUCACCACCGGUAGAGCUGCGACGCACAGUCUCCGCGCACGGACCGUGCUGGGCUUCGGACGGAGCGUCCCAGUACCGGCGCACUCGGGCGCUGGAUGACUCACCCAAAAGUCGUCGUCGUGCCGGGUCUCCAGAGCGGCGGAGUGGGAGGAGACAUACGACUGCAGUUGACCGGGUCGGUGUCGUAGACGGAGCUCGUGGCACUGAGACAAUCACACCUGGUCGAGGAGUCGGGGACCGGCGUAUACCGGCCCUGCCGCCCCCGUUCCGCAUGCCUGACUGCAAGUCCCUGGUGCGUGGCCUCCGCGCGCAGCUGGAGGCCUAUCGGCGUGCGCGCGAGGCCAGCGAGCGAGAGACACAGGCGGUCGUGGAGGCGGCGCUAGCUCGCAUGAGGUGUUAAUCGAGGACAAGCUGGUCCCGAUCUCAGCAUAGCCAGGCGUAGAUCUCGAAUCGUGUAGAAGUGUUCUCUACGCCGUGCCAUUGGAGUUGUCGCAUUUUUUACUGUGUGCCUUGUAAAUAUGAGCAUUGAAAUGUUCUUCAUGUUCUGUCAAGCCCCAUAUGUGCAGAGGUUUUGGACUAUUCAUUGCUGAGUGGUGAUGCAAUUCUUCAAUUCUGAAAAGCUCGCAGCCUUUCCGCUUUAGUUAUGGGGCCACUCUGUGACCACUCUGUAUAGACCAAUGCUACACCAUCCUGCAGUAUAUUGAUUUGUUUUGUGAAAUUUACGUGCGUGGUGCCUUAGCAUAGACAAAAACAACAGCCUGUCUGCAUUGGUUAUCGGGCCGCUGUAUGAGUAAACUUUAUACAGUGUUGUGUCACACAAAGGUAUGUCUGUGUAUGAACCCUGCUGUGUUCUUUAAUAUAUAACUAGGUCAUGCCCAACCAG